CUGCUUUGGUGAGUGUUCUUCAGGAAGUACGCGUCUCGUACGCUGUAAGCCACUACUAUUGUCGAGGAGGAGGGAGAGGGGGUUUUUUUCGCCACGAAUUCCAAUGGGCCGUUCCAAAAACCCGGCUCUGAACGUUCAAUCGCUAGACCGCUUGACUACUCGACUUCACUCGGACAACUUCCCCACAGGAUCAACAAGGCACAAUAGGACAAGCAUCGGCAAGCAGCAUUCCAACAAGCAUGAUCAAGUCGGUGCUCAUUUUCAAUAACCAUGGCAAUCCACGGUUGACAAAGUUCUACCAGCCCAUCGACAUUGCAACACAACAAGCGCUCAUCAAAGAGAUCUUUAAUCUCAUCUCAAAACGACCGGACACAGUAUGCAACUUUUUAGAGGGCAGUCAAAUGCUGGGAGGUCAGGAUACCAGGGUCAUCUAUCGUCAUUAUGCCACCCUGUACUUUGUCUUUGUCGUUGAUGAGUCCGAGAGCGAACUCGGUAUUCUGGAUCUUAUUCAGGUCUUUGUGGAGAGUCUCGAUAGGUGCUUCGAGAAUGUCUGUGAAUUGGAUCUGAUCUUUCACUUCAAGGAGGUACACGAUAUCUUGGCCGAGGUCGUCACAGGAGGUAUGGUGUUGGAAACGGACAUCGGAGAAAUCGUCGCCGCAGUACAGGAAACAGGACGACUGUCAAAGAAGCCAACAGGACUCCUGGCGCAGAAAUCGCCAUUCUAACACGCGGAGAAACCCUUCUCGAAUAAAAAAAAUAACAUGUG